AUGGCGCGUGUGGUUGGAAUGUUUCCCAAUUCGUAUAAGGAGCUGCCCACGAGAGCGGAUUACGGUAAAGCUGCAUUUGAGGAUGAUGUCGGUGAACAUUUUGAAAAACUGGACCGCGCGGGGAAAUUCUCCACGUUCGUGCGGUACUUAGUGGCCGUCAUUGCAUUGGUUGCACUGAUGGUAUCGGAGAUUUUGAGAGAUUCGAACGUCGUGUACACAGUGGCGUCGCCGACUUACGAGGAGUACGUGGCGUUGAAGAGCAACGCCGCGAAUCGUAACCUCGUAUGUCGCACGAAAAAUGCGGCCUUGAAAUACGGUGAUUUCAUCAGCACUACUUUCGAGUCGCAUGAAUCCUGUGAUUGGGUGGCGAAAGACGUACUGAAGGAUGAACACCAUGGUCUGGGAUUCACAGUAGAGAAUUUGCCCGGGUACUACUACGCGCUGGAUGGAAACAUUUCAGCGUGUAAAUCGACCGAAAUGAGCCCUUCAAGAAUGCAUACAUGUCUUGCGUUGAAAGAAGGAUGCGAAAAAGGUGCGGCUUCACUUAAUCGUGCACUUAAUCAGCUUGAAGCAACUCUAAUGCCAACGACAACGCUUUUGGAAGACAAUACACUGAACGCGAUUGUUGGUGUAGUACUGAACUCGACAGUCGAUGGUGUUCUCCAAGCCACGCGUCAAUCAUCGGAUAUUGUAAAGCAGUGGGCGUCGCAUAAUAUGCCACGACUGUAUGCUUACAUGCGAAUUCAUAGAGCUCGUAUACAAGCGCUAUCGUACAGGGCGGGUAACGAUUUUGAACUUGUCAACGAGGUAAAUGGCAAAUGCGUGGAUUAUCAGAUUGGAUCAUCCACUCAUUCAUGCGACAAAACGAAAAUUGGUGACGGUUCAUGUGAUUAUGCCUGCAACAGGCCAGCGUGUUUGUAUGAUGGUGGCGACUGUGAAGGUCAAGACUCAUUCCAAAUCACAGAGCCGCAGGUUGCAAAGUACGGAGGGAUAAACGGCUACGCUCCUUUAUCAUGGUCUGGGACCUAUACAAAGGGAUCUCAGUACACUGGUGCAGCACUUCAGCACAAUUUUAUGAGUCAAACCGAUGCUGACAUGUACACGUUUGACAAUGCCACGUGCGGUGACAAUUCGACUUGGGCAAACACAGUCGAGGUUGAUUACGACGCCGAAGGUAUCAUUCAGGAUGUAUACCGUGUCAACACAUCGGCUAUGAGUGAAUUUUUAAAAACGUACGGUUAUUCGAUCACUCCUCCAACACUUCCGUCGCGGUGGCCGUCUACGCAGGUUCCGGUUUUCGACAAGAAGACAUUUUCCUGCGAUUCUUGGGUGAGAGCUUUGCACGCUAUUUCGUACACGAAUAUGUCUUCAACAGAAAUCGCGAGUUGGGUGCAGUACUACAAAGAUUUGGGUGCUGCAGCGAAAACAAUGAUUUCUGCGUGUUCAGAUUAUAGUCAAUGCCCAAGUUUUACGGGAUUUGACCGGUUAAAUUUGCGCCCCUACACGAUUGGCGCGGUGGAUGCAAAUUGGGCAUGGUUGAGCGCCACAGUGAAUGAAAACUCUGGCUCAGUCAUGAAUCUCAUACUCGAUGCAGGUUUGAAACGAAACUCCUCUGGAUAUGCCGUAUCCGCGCCGGUUUCUUACAAACAGUACUACACCGCGGCACAAGUUGACGAAUGCACCUAUACUCGAAGUGUGCGGACAUCAAGCGCCGCCCUUCUCUCGAUUGUCUUCGGUCUCAUCGGCGGUAUCUUCACUCUCAGCAACUCCAUUGGUUUGUUCAUGUACUCUGUCAUCAGGAAACGCGUACUUUCAACUCCCAAAGCAUGA